GCUAUGGGGUGCCCACUAGCUUUAAUAUUUAAGUAUUUAAGUUACUGAUGAUAUUUUCCAGCGAGAUAUCCUAGCUAUGGGAUGCCCACUAGCUUUAAUAUUUAAGUAUUUGAUUUACCGAUGAUAUUAUCCAGCGAGAUAUCCUAGCUAUGGGAUGCCCACUACCCUGCAAUAGAAGCUCCUUUAGUCUUGAAUAUACAUAUAUUCGUCAAGAGAAGAUUGAUAUUGGUUGGGGAAGAGAGGACUUCGAUUUUGCUAUUUCUAUUUGGGCAAAGAAUUUUCAAAUUGAGGACAGCGAAGAGAUAAUAGUGUGUGAUUCAACCUGUCUUUUAGGGGAGGUUGGGGGUAAUAUUGGAUUAUAUCUGGGUGUAUCUGUUAUCACUCUUGUGGAUAUUCUAUUCAUUAUACUUUAUAAACUUGAACAUCUUGUCAAAAUAUUCUGUUCAAGAUCAUUUAAAUAAAUAUAUAA